GAACACUUGUUUGACGUGAGUGACCUUCAACACGAGCCAUCAGUCAUCUCCAAAUGUGGCAGCCUUGAGGUAUCCUUUCAAUACGACAACGCCCACAGUCGUCUCCUGGUGACCGUUCAUCAGGCUAAAGAAAUUCCCGCCAAAGACAGGGGCGGGGCAAACAACACACAGGUACGAAUAAUGUUGCUACCUGGCAAGAAACAGCGACACAAGACGAAGGUCAAAGACGGAGAGAACCCUGUGUUUGAUGAGAAGUUCUGCUUCAAUAAAAUUUUGCCUG